AUGUAUCAGUUUCGACGAUUAAGUCAAAAUCAAUUAUGCUCUAGUUUUCUGUACACAGUGAUUGUCAUUCUUGUUAUAUCGUUGAUAACAAUACUUGUACUACUAUUAUGGUAUCUUCUUGCAUCUAUGCAUUCUGGUCACCGACAGAACACUUGUCCACCGAAUCCAUGUGUGUCAACAACGUUGACAAAUGUGAAUACAACACAAACUUAUACGAUAAGUUCAACAUCGAGCACGUCCUUUUCAUCAGCAAGUAUUCUAUCAACCGAGUCAGUUACAAGUAAAAAACGUACUUACAAAGAAACGUGCGAUCACUUAUUUGAUUGCUAUAUUGAAUCUGGGCUACUGUGUGUCUACGGAUGGAACGAAAUGAAGCAGUGUUUAUGCGAAGGAUCUCAUUAUUGGUCUGUUCAACGCAAUAAGUGUCUUCGAAAGGGUGGGAUGAAUGAUUCAUGUAAUCUGGACUAUGAAUGUCAUCGAGAAAUUGGUUUCGUUUGUGAGAAACUACCGAACGUAGCGACGAAAACAUGUAUAUGCGCAGCGGAUAUCUAUUGGGCGAAGGACUCCAAUUGUGGGCAUACAAUGAUACAACACAUUGUCGAUUGCAUAGACGAAACUUAUGCAACAAAUUGUUUAGUUCUUGGAAUGAAUGGUAUUUACCAUAUGGUUACUAUUCGAUCAUUGACAACGAAAGAACUUGCAUUCGACUGGUUCCUGAUCGAUAAUCGAAUGUUAUCCGACUUACCGCAAUUAAGUUGUGCAUUUAACAACGAAACAAGAUAUUGUUUUGGGUUGAGUACUCAAGACACUGAACACUCUCUCAAACUUGCCCAAUUUACGCGAACAGGUUUUCAUGGUAUCGAAAAUCUGGCUGGUGCAAACAUUGGCACAGCCUUUGGUUUAGCAGAUAAAGACAGUGUUAGCGUCUAUGUUCGUGAUGAUCAAAACGUUCUUUAUCGUCGCUAUAUUAUUGAUGAUGAACUUUCAUCUGUUUAUUACAUUGCGCCAUCCGUAACUGGUGAUCCUACGUGUUAUAUUCAGCAAGUAUCCUCUACUCGUCAGCUGUUCUGCUUUGCUCGAAAUCAAAUUCAUGGACUAAGUGAAUAUGCAGAACUAUCAUUAAAUACUUGGCGAGUGACACCAUUAGGCUACGAAACGGAUCGAAUUCUAAGCGCAGCAGCGCCAGUAUGCAGUUAUGUUGGAUCUGUACAUCGAUAUUGCUUUGAUAUUUUUGAAAAUGAACAAAUCUACCGAAUAUUGUACACUACGAACGGUUGGAGUACAUGGCAAAUGAUUGGUAACGGACAACAGCAAUUUCUAAAUCCACCGGUAUUUUUCACAUCGAAACUACAGAAUGCAUCAGACGCUGAUCAAACAUGCUAUCUGAUAGCGAUCGAUAGGAAUUCUCAAUUGCAACUUUCAAUGAACUCUAACUGUGCUGCGUUCGAUAACUUUAGUUUCUGGAUACCAAUCGAAAGCAAUCGGAAAUUUAAACAAUUCGAUAAAGUAUUUCGCUUACGUGACGGCACUAUUGGUGUAUUAGGUAUUGAUGAACAAAAUCUAGCUUACUAUAUCUAUCUCGAUCUGGACACACGUAGUUUCACAUUAUCACAACCAGCACUAACAGUAAAGCCAGUACAAUUUCGUCCUUGA